GAAUUCAAGAAUUAGGGUUCUGAAAUGAAAAUUUAAAAUAGGAAAAUAGCGUUGCCCCUUCAGCGAGGUGGUCUCUUUGCUCAGCGUAUUGAUUUGGGAGGGAAAAUUCUAAAACCACAAAAAUUCAGUCUCAAUCGAUCACAUUCCCCCUCCCCAACCUUCAAUCCCACUCACCGGCACCAGAUACUAAUUCUAUUUCCUGAAGUAGAGAAUCUAAUAUGAGCACUACACUGCAAAAAAGUCCAAGAUCUGGUAGACAGUCUUUAUUUUUCCAGGAUUUAGCUUCACCAGUUUCUGCACGUAGAGGAAAGUUUUCGAGUCCAGGGCAGGCAGCUGCAGUAUCUGCACUAUGGCGUGAGAACUUUGGUAAUUCGGACCUUCCUCCACCUCCUGUCUACACCUUGGAAGAUAGAUCAGAUUUUUCUCCCGAAUCAGGCAUACCAGAUUACCAAAUAUCCCCUGAGACUAAGUCGGACACUAGAACUCCCAUCCAAAUUUCAAAUAGAGAAUUUUCAACUCCUGUGAAAGGCAAAUCUGAAGCCAGCACCUCUUAUGCUUUGAGAGGGGUACAGCAAAACCAACAGGGCUCGCCUGGUUUGAGUUGGUGGUCACCUGCAACGGCAAAGAGUGGUGGUGAACAAGAUGAUAAGGGGAGGAGUUCGCCAGUUGAGGGUGUGGUUCAGCCUGGUGCUUUGAUAACUCUUCCUCCACCACUGGAAGUGGCAAGGCCUCAGGUUCAAAGAAAUUCCUUACCAGCAGGGAAUCUCAACGAGGAAGAAUGGGUAACUGUAUAUGGAUUUUCUCCAGGUGAUACUAACUUGGUUUUAAGAGAGUUUGAAAAAUGUGGUGAAAUUUUGAAACAUGUUCCUGGUCCUAGAGAUGCUAACUGGAUGCACAUUUUGUAUCAGAAUCGAUCUGAUGCACAAAAAGCUCUUAACAAGAAUGGAAUGCAAAUUAAUGGAGUACUAAUUGUUGGUGUGAAACCGUUGGAUCCCAUGCAACGUCAAGCCUUAAAUGAAAGGCUUAACAAUCAGGGAUUCAUGCCCUUACCAUUACCCUCUGCUAGAAACUCAGAAGCGAGCACAUUGAAAGCUUCUUCUCGACCUUAUUAUUUGCAGAAUGGCAACUCAACUGCACGGCAGACUGGAGGAACCAUUGCUUCCCCAACAAAGUCAUUGGUGUCCAAGAUUAUGGAUUUGAUGUUUGGCGUCUAGCUGUUCUGGUGAAUUAAACUGAUAUCAUUGUGUUUGUUGUAAACAAUGAAUUUACCCUCUCAGCUAUUCAUACACUUCGAAGAAGUUUGGUAUGUCUUGUUCAUUGGAUUUGAAUUGGAAUAUUUACUCUUUGGAUCUCAAUUAGUGGAAUUUAUGGCAUCUUAACAUUGCAAUCUUAUGGAUGCCUGUUUUGAGAAAUGAGAACAUAAUACAUAACUUGAGAGUUUGGAUGAGAGCAUAAUGACGAUGUUCAAUUUAUGUAGCUCAUCUCAUGUAAUAGAAUUUGGCUUCGGUUGUUGUUUUAAUCUGGGCACUUGAGAUUUUGGUG